AUGAAUCUAACUAACUACAAUCCCAACUAAGAUCUUGGCAUCACCAACUAGGCUGGAGUUUCUGGAUUAAGAACCUUCAACGGAGAAGAUCUCUUGGCUGAUAAGAGACUAUCACUUUAGAGACAGCAAUAAAGAGAUUGGUUGAUGCAGUAGAUCCAAGCUAAUGAUAGAAUGAGAGGUCAAGCAAGCUUCGAUAAAGAGCUUUAUGACAGAUAAACUUUGGAGUUGAAUGAGUUAUUAAGAUAAGCUUAAGAUGAGCAUGAUUCUAACCGUAAAGCAAUGCUAAAAGCUUAACAAGAAGAAAAUCUCUUAUUGGCUAAGCAAAAGAGAGAUACUGAUUUGAAGCAAAAGUCAGAUUGGCUGUACUAAGAGAACUAUGAAGUAGAUUAUACUCUUAACAAUGAUUUAAUGACUGAGAACCCAAUGACUACUAAAUCCCAGCUUGCUGAUCACAGAGUGAAACCUUAUCACUUUAAGGGAUUGAAUGAGCAUCAGAAGGCUGCAAUCUUAUAUGAAAGAGAUUAAUAAAUUGCAGGCAAGGAGCAACAGAGACAGCUUGAAAAGGAAUAAGAAUAGAUGUGGGCUCUUUAAUAAGAACAUCUCAGGAGAAUGCAGGUGCUUUCAGAUAGAGAUUAGAAGAGAAAGCAAAGAGAGGUUGCUGAGAACACCAAGCAAACUCACGUGCAGCAGAUGCAAGAACACAUGCAAAAAUGGAAAGACCCUUAUGGAGAGAAAGGAUUUUUAGAAAAACAGUGA